CAGUGUGGGCGCGCGGUCAGCAAGAGUGCUGGGACUACUUUGAGUCAGUUGGCGAAUACAAGGACCAGCGGCGGCCGUACCGGAUGACGUCAAAUGGUGUUUGCCAGUGCGAUGUUACACGAAACUUCGGAGAGCAUAAGAUGCUGGCACAGGAUGCAAUCAUUAAGUUCGAGGCGGACAAACUCAAGCCAGACACGAUCCGAGUUCUGAAGCCAAGUGACAGAGAGAUACGAGGGAUUAACGCGGCGCCGUUCAUCACUCGCAGGGGAACUGGAGUGCAGCUAGUACCGAUGCACUCGCCCAACGUUGCCACCGCUGUUAACGGGACGCGGCAGUAUCACUGGUGUGUUGCACAUGUCGACUUGUACGCAUUUGCCAAGGAGAACAACAUCACAGAGAUCCAGCGGGAGCAGAUGGCGACGGCGCAGGUCAACGCAUUAUUUAGGGACGGCGUCAACUUCGACACGCUACUAGGGACUCGGUCGGAAGCUGACUACUGGCGACGCCGACACGUGUACGGGUUAGCAGAGUACCAGCAGUAUUCGCGGCUCAUGCAGAAGAAGAUGGUUUCCAUCGCCAGGAAGCGGAAAUACAUGAGCUACCACGGCAUUAGAAAGCCGGUGGCCGCUAACCCGUCGACGAGAGGACAGCCCACAGUCGAGCGCGCGCUGAUGUCGCACCCACAGGGUGACCAAGUGGUUACAGUGGCAGGCGAGACACUUGGCAGCUUCUUAGUUCAGAGCGGUGGGCAGCCGUACGCGCGGAAAUGGCCGGCGUUGUAUUUCAAGAAGCAGGUGCCAGAGAAUUACUCUUGGGGAUACCUCGACGUUGUUCCGAUGGCAGCGAAACAGAUUACCAGGGACGCUUAUGGCGUUUGGCAGUCGUAUCGGUUUCAGCCGAAGACUGAAGCUUUACCAGGAACAGGCCUCCCGUUUGAUAUGCGUCACGACUUGUCGAAGGGUGACGUCAAGGCGCUCCUCGGUGGAGGUUGUAUCAAUUUGCAAGUUAAGACGGCGAUCGAAACGUUUAAGGCUGCGCCGAUCCGGGGGUCGUCGAGUGCACAACCGAACAAGAUCAUCGCAGUGGCGGCGUCUGACAUGUCUUUCUGGGACCUCGGUAACAGUGAACAUGAUGGAUUGUACAUCUUAAGCAAUGACGGCAUUGGGCACAAUUAUGUGGGGCGGUCGUUCGGAACGAUGGACACGCUACUGAACGGCGACACUGCUCCGGUGCAGCGGCGGGUGAUUCUUUGGCAGUCGCAUGCGGGCUUCUAUGUUUGGGUUUCGGUCGACACUCUGCCGCCAGUUAAGACGGGCAUCUAUGACCAGGGGACCGUCGACAUGUCAUCGCAGUGGCGAGCACUUGCGCCCGCGUCCAGCUCCGGAGAAUGGAGAGCAGAUGGCAACGGGGCAGAGACGUCUGGCUGGAACGUUAGCUACGUAGCAGGGUGCUAUCGAGAUGGCCUCGCGGAGCGAUUGCUACGCAUUUUCACUGACAUGGUGCGCACUGCUGCGUAUUACAAUGAGGCCUGCCGUGCGAAAGAGAAAGCAACGCGGAUUACCGUAUAUGAGCAGGGCGUUUCUAUUGCGGAAGGUGGAGCUUUCAUCUGUGCACUAUCGAAGGGGGCGAUUCUCAGGUGGGAGGCGCACAAAGGUGACAACGACGCGCGACGGGUACGCGCUCGAGAGUUCGUCUCGCGAGACUACGACGUAGGACGCAUUUCGGUUCUGGGACCCAUCGUUCGUGAGGUCGCACACACGGAGCGGAAGUCGAUCCUCGAGCUGUGUGAGGACGCGCUAGCGGAAACUGGGCCAGUCGUCGCAGGCAGCCGCGACUACACGAUGCACCGUAUAGACGGCGUCCUUCGUGUUACCGCCGGGCGCUUCGGUUCGAUACGACAGUGCGAGAGAGGUGCCCUGCCGCAGUUCAAGAUCAUCGUAGGAGAAAUGUCGCCAGUAAUCAACAGCGGAAGCAGAUCCGGCGUAGAGAAGUUACACGGACACCCAGAAAACAGCGAGUGCAAAAGUGUACUAUUCAAGAACAGCGUGGACUGGGCGGAGGAGGACAGUAAAGUUCUCGAUUGUAUAUCGAUCAAUCUUUGCGAAGUGCCGCGUUUUUCGCAACAGCAGUUGCGGGAUCGUGCACAGUCAGACUUCUACUUCGGGAAGAUUCUCGCGGGAGCUGGCGCGGCGGCGAAAUGGCCGUACUUCAACUACGGGACACACACAGUUUUGCUGUGCCAUGCAGGACCUCGGGGGACAGCGCUAUACUCACCGCCAGGCGGUGAAGACCUUAGCGAAUUUUUACAGGAGCAGAUCAGCUAUUUGCGUGGAGCAGGGCAUACGCACAACGGCACGGCGCACGACGUUUUUGAGGAGCUAGCGGAUUCUGGUUGCGAGGCAGGGCAGCAGACGGUCAGCAACGUGUGGGAUUAUGACUUUCCGCGCGCGCUGAUGUAUCUGCACUCGUGCCACUCGUUCGAGCUCGACGAGCGGCUGCAGGAAUACGGAUGGUUUCGGUUGUGGAUGGAGACCCACGACAAGAAGCACACGACGCAAGGCUUCACCGGCAGCGCGACCGACGAAAAUCCGAGGUCCGUGUACUAUCAGGCAGCCGUUGUGGAUGUGAGUGGACGCGUGUACAGAAUGUAUCCACGGAUUAGUUUUCGCAUGCGGCAGCUACAGGGACCGAUGCACGCGACGCGGGGCAACAUCGACAUGCGGCACGCGAGGUACUCGAUGGACAUGGAGCCUCGACACAGGUUUCGCGUCCCGGUAAAAGAUCCGGAGGCAGAAGGAGCAGCUGUUGUGGAAAAGGAAAUCGAGGUCAGUAGUUUCAUCCCUCGUGGAGUCCACACAACUGGCGGAAAGUGGUGCCAUGCGAGUGCUGCCGAUCCAGGACUAUCUUCCACCGGCUCUAAGGACACAGCAGCGGAGAAGCAUCGAUAUGAAGUCAUCCGGCCAGGAGAGGUGCGGGAGCUCCGACUUCCGACUCCGUAUCCGUGUGGUCAGCAGAUUUCUAUCUUUUUGGCGGGCAGGCAGCGGCAGAACUUCACGCUAUCGUUUCCGAACGAGACGUACCCGAGGCCAAUUUUCGUGAACGUGACACCCUCUUACGAGGUCACGUUGUGGGUCAGGACAAGUGGCGCGAGUGCGAAAAAGAUCCGGGUUGACCAGAAGGGCCGCGCGCUACUGGAAACGCUCAUGCUGCCGAUGGGGCUAGGGACGAAGACAGCAGACAGCAUUUUUGGCGAUGUCGGUCCAGGGUUCACGCCUGCGGUGAACAAGAACGAAACGGUCAACACAGAAACGGACGCCGCGCUGCUUGAUGGUCCUCUCGGGCGUUGUUUCACCGAGGACGUUGCCGUGGGAAAGAAGAGCAAAGUUACGAAUCCGACAACGUACACGCACUACAACUUGCAGGCCACGUUCAACAAGACACUACCGAUGGCGACCGAUGACAGCAUGAUCGCACUGGCGCAGGAGGCAGAAAAGAAGUAUCAGCAGAAGAAGCGCACGAUCACCGAAGGAUCGACAGCGUGGAAACUAUUUCUAGUCCAUGCGCAGCUCAGGAAUUGGGACGUGUCUCUGUUCGACGAGGACGCAGCAAUUUUGACCCGGUAUUUGGACGCGGGAGAAGCGCAGGUAACAGCAGAAGAGGUGGCGCUCAUCCUCGAGGUUAUGAUCUGCCUCUGUGACCCGCGAGCUUUUACCGUCGAGGGGAAUAAGCAUCGAUUUUUCCUCGGGUACGUUUUGGGGUGCGAAUCGAUCCGGUACGAGCGAUCGCCGUUACCUUCGAUCAAGGUCAAGCAGCUGCACCACGCGGAGAAGACGAUCCAGACACUUCUCAUGACGCGAGAAACAUCAACGGAGAAGUGCAGGGAGUUCGUUCUCGCGGUAGACAAGAUCAUCUUUUUACAGUGCCAGGCGGGGCGAGCACCACGCGGCGACGACGUAGUGCUUGGUCGAUUGUACUACCCGCACCCGGUAAAUCCGAUGUUGACCGCGCCGCCAUGUCCUCCUUCGUGGCCGGAGCAGAUCGUCGGGCGAGCAUCUUCGAGGGAUGCGCGAUGCUAUGGCGGUGUCGACUUUUCGAGGGCGUUUGCCAAGGUGAAGCUGAGUGCGGCUUUUUCAAAGUGGUGCGCGAUGACGAUUGAGGCGAAGCCGUUUUUGCCAAACGGAGGACCAAUCGGACUUUCGAUCCUACCCUCGAUUUUCUCGCUGCUUGUCUAUCCGUCAUUCAACGAGCUAAGGGCAAGCCAAGAGCAGGUGAUGCGGGUGAGCAUCGCGAUUCUCCGAGCAUUGCGAGCAGGAACGAUCAAGAGCCCGCUUGAGACUAUCCGUGGCGGCAAAACGAACAUCGGGCUCAGACAGCACGUUAGCGGUGGCGGGGCCGCGGGCAUGAAGAACGGCUCUUCGACGAGCAGCUAA